CUCUAACCGGGUCACAACCUCUGACCUUUAUGCUUGAGUGUCUGAACGUCGUGGUGGUGAAUAUUAUCUAAUUUAUCUGCAAUUUCAGCCCAUUUCUGGAUAGCAGUGGCCACAUGGCUUCACUGGAUGAGGUUCAGGCAUCUAUAAACCCGUCUACAACCAGCUCGGAUACCGUGUCUGUGGAAAACACUGUGGUUGCUGUUGGUGACGGUACAGUGGGCGGGGACAAUGUGCUCCAUGUGUUGAGCCCAGCUCAGCUUGCGGGGUCACCCGUCAGUGUUUCUGCAACACACCCGUCUCCCAUCGCCAUACCCUCAAACAUGUCCAAUAUUCAGACCAUCACAAUUUCAGCGGGCAACUUUACCUUCCCAGUCACUAUUGCAACAACCCCAAUGGUGUCUUCAACGGUGAACUCCAAUGGAACACAAGUUGUAAACAUGGCAGGGGUAAAUGCCUCUGAAAUUGCAUCACGUCUCAAGUCAGAGGGCAUACCUGCCCAGUUUGUACAGGUCCCAGCUGGUGCCACUGCAGUGAAUUCAUCUGACCUCGCUAUAAGACUGAGGGAAAUUCAACAGGUACAGAGAUUGAGAGAAGAGGAACAGGCAGCCAAAGGGAAGAUGACCCUCAAACAACAGUUUGAGCAGAAGUAUGAGCCAUGUGUAGUAUGCGGGGACAAGGCUUCAGGGAGGCACUAUGGAGCAAUCAGCUGUGAGGGCUGUAAGGGGUUUUUCAAGAGAAGUAUUCGUAAACAGCUGGGAUAUGCAUGUCGAGGCAACAAGGAUUGUAUGAUCACAAAACAUCAUAGAAACCGGUGCCAAUAUUGUCGUCUUCAGAAGUGUCUCAAUGUGGGAAUGCGAUCAGAAUCAGUACAACAGGAGAGGCGACCCCCUGAACAGAAGGAGAAACUUCCCACUAGUGUGGCCACAUCAACACAGAGAAUCUACAUAAGGAAAGACCUAAACAGCCCUUCAGCAGCCAUUCCCAUGUUCAACGCAGACCCACAAUCUCCACAGCCCAUGGGGAAGUAUGGUGAAAACUUGUUAGCGAACCUACAGGAGAGAAUUAUCCAUACAGACCAGGGUGCCGUCAUUCUCAGCUCCAACUUGCCCAACCAGACAACCACCAAUAACACAGAUUUGAGCACACUUGCCAAUGUAGUGACAACUCUAGCGACAAUGGGCAAAAAUAACAAAGACAUGAGCUCAGAGCACACUGAUGACCGAGAACACCCUACAAAUGGGGACACUUCAGCAGAGAAUGCAGAAUCGGUCGUCAAAGCCUUUGACACUCUAGCAAAAGCUGGACAGUCACAAGAUUUAUUGAAUUCAACACUGAAUGACAGUUUGGAUCAGUCAGGGAUGGAGUCCGGUGAUGGGUCAUUUAUGAUCAUAGAUAUUGAUGGUCCUAUUCUGACAGAGCAGCAUUAUGAGUUCAACCUGGCGACACCCACUCCUAUGCCUGCCUAUCUUAAUAUCCACUUCAUCUGUGAGAGUGCAUCUAGACUCCUGUUCUUAUCCAUGUACUGGACCAGAUCUUUGCCUCCGUUUCAGGUCCUUGGGCAACAAUUACAAAUCAGUUUAGUGCGUGCUUGUUGGAGCCAGUUGUUUACCUUAGGCCUGGCACAGUGUUCUCAAAUAAUGUCUCUAUCCACCAUUCUGGCAGCCAUUCUCAAUCACUUACAGUCUACUGUCCAACAAGACAAAGUGACAAAUGAGAGAGCCAAGGUAGUGAUGGAUCACAUAAUUCGCCUGCAGGAGUAUGUGAACUCCAUGCAGAGGCUGGAGGUGGAUGAUGUGGAGUACGCAUAUCUUAAGUGUUUGACACUCUUCUCACCAGAUAAUCCUAACAUUAACAGUGUCAGCCAAGUAGAAAAGUUCCAGGAAAAAGCCCAGCAGGAGCUGAUAGCACACUGUCAGCGAACCUACCCAACCAAUCCGGAGCGAGUAGCCAAACUACUGAUGAGGUUACCACCCUUGUGUGCACUCUCCCCAAGCAUAAUGGAAGAACUGUUUUUCUCGGGUCUGAUAGGAAAUGUACAGAUAGAUAGUAUUAUACCUUACAUUUUACGUAUGGAAACUGCAGAAUACAACUCGCAGAUGCAGAGUCAAAGCAGCACAGAGAGCUUUGCAUCCUCAACGGUGACUGCCCUUGCAGGAGAUUAUGGCAUGACAUCAACUUCAGGGGCAACACCCCUAACCAUACCCCAGAUUACUAGUGCUGUUGUCAUGACAACUGCUCCCAGUCCAACAACGCUGCAUGCCACUACAGCAACAACGGGAGCUACAUAAAAGUGCUGCAAUAUGGGAUGCCCUCCUAGAGUUGGUGUUCUAUUUUAUUCUUGGUGCCUUCUACAGGGUAAACAUGCUUGUGGAAACAAUGACAAGUUGGGAUUAAACAUUGAGAGAAACCACAUCUGUCAGUUUCAGCCUUGUCUGAUGUUGUGGCAAGCAGAAUGUACAUACUAUAAUAUGGUAGAAAGAAGUACUCUGCAAAAGUGUUUUCAUAGCUGGAUUCAUCAUGAACUCAUGAUGUGGAAAGGAAAAGUAUUUCUCAGGAUGGAUAUGAAACAUGGCCGGUUUUCAGUGUUCCAAGUACUUGACAUUACCCAUAUGUGGAAAGUGUGACGCCAGGAUUCUGAUUGGUACAGAACAAUGUCAAAGUCACAGAAUUAAAACUCUUUUUGACUUGUCGAUUACACACUUGUACGAUGUAGUAGAUUUUACAAAGGGAUAGCCUGUUAAAGGACAUUGGCAGUUUUCCACUCAAGGAAAUGUAGUUUCACAAGGUGUACAGUUCAGAACUGACAAUCGUAUAUCCAUGUGGGCUGAAUUCAGGGGGAAGUAACUCACGUGUUGGGUUCUACUUCAGCAGUACAGGAGUAUUGUGUUGAAGGUUGAAUGGAUUUUUUUUUUAAAAUCAUGUCUACCUGUUGAAUUGAACAGUUACACGUUAAUGAUAAACUUGUUGUAUAUUGGUUAAAAGCCGCUUGUUGUCUCACAACAUAGGCCUGUCCUAUUUAUUUAUUUUUGCAAAGCUGCUUUGUGCUGUUUUGAAGGAUUGUACAUGGUGCGAUGUCAGAUCUGCCUAAAGGUGGGAUAAAUAUGUUCUAGGUGGACUCAUGGCCAGUUAUACUGGACUGAGUGAAUGCCAUAUUUUCUAACCCCUGGUGUAAGACAGAAUUCUCGCAAAUCUUGUAGGCAUACCCUUUUUUGCAUAUUAUGUAAGUGUCAAAACUGCUACCUUCCAAGAAGGCAUGUUAAAGUAAUAGGUGUGCAAAUUUUUUCCAAUAUUUUAAUCUUACAUGUACAAAGAGUCAUUUAAUGAUAAUAUUGUUAAGCUGUAAAUAUUUUGGCUACUUAUUUGUUAUGUGAUUUGUGUUGUUCAGCUGUCUACCUGUCUGUCAUUGUGCCUGGCCUUGUCUGUAAUCCAUACCAUUGUUUUGUGUUUAAUACAGGUCCUUCUAUGACAUUGUUAAGUAUUUGUUGAUGCGUGUACAUGGUCAGAGUUUGUAAGGGCUUUUCCCUAGGCACAUAUAUCACAAAUUUGAAGUUUAUGUACCAUUGUAAGUUUUUGGAUUUUUUUUUUUCCUUGGUUUUAAAAUUUUAUUUUCAAGAAACAAUUAUACUCUGUUGGAAAGUGUGAUAAAGUGCUAGAAUGUAUGGGAAAUCAACUUUCUGUAAAAUUUUAAACUGCAUGUUUUCUCAGUACAUAAAUCUUUUAAACAUUCUGACAGUAAAAUGUAGUCCAUGUUACCAUUAUUUUAUGUCCUCAGAUAUAUUAAUAGGGCCCUUCGCAAAAAAAUCUCCGAUAAUUUAUCUUACUGAUCUCAGAGUUUGUCCACUGAGUGAUGAUUUUGGGGUUAAUUUUUUUUUUUUUGGAAAUGAAAUACUUGUAUUUCACUCUUGAUACAAUGGUUUGUUCUGAGCCUAAAUUUUUAGGUAACUGAUAAUUGUAUAUCAAUUUACAGACAGUAAUCUAGUGCUAUUGCAAAAAAAAAUAUAAAUAAAGAAAAACACAGAUGUAGAUAUUCCAGAUUUAGAUUUAACUAAAAUUAGUAAAUUCAUAUUGUCCUCUAGGAAACCUAUACUGGUACCUGUUAUGUCAAUAUUAUAUACAUUUGAGAAAAUCCAUGUAAUUUUAACUAGAGUGCCGUGAGGGUGUAAAACCUGCUACCUGCUAAAUGCACAUGUAUAUCCUGCAUGUCCAUAUGGAUCGAGGCUCAUUCAAGAUUAACGUGAAACUUCUGCUUUUAAAUUUUGUUUUUGUAUUUUAAAAUAAAUGUUUGGAUGUCAACAUGUUUUGGCAUUUUACAA